GAAAAGUAAGGUGGCAAUUGGGUCGUGUUAUUUGAAAAGAUUUUGAUCUUUAUUCUUAUCGAUACGAUGUGCCUACACCGUUACUUCUAAUUAUAAACUAGUAAAGUAAUGAUGAUUUGUUUCUUUUUAUUUUCCUGAAAAUUCAAUUCAGUGGAGUUUGGCGAGCAUGGACACUCCAUCCGAUAAUCCCCCUAACUCAACCGACGAUAGUUCCCAAAAUCCGGAACCAAUGCCAUGAAGUAACACCUCUGCAAAUGCAUACGGUAGUGGACUUUAGGGAAUAUCGGUAGAAACGGUCAAGCUAAACUGCAGGAAAAGCAGAGCAACCAAUUCACAACCAGCUGCUAAAGAUAAUCAUGAUUCCAAGCCUGAGGCUACAAGAGAGGACUCUCCAACUUCUGUAUUUGUAAACUCGGAACCGGUUCGGGAGGAUCAAGUUCAAAAUGCCGUGAAGUUUCUUUCACAUCCAAAUGUUAGGGGAUCUCCGGUCAUGUAUAGGCGUUGUUUUCUUGAGAGGAAGGGGCUCACGAAGGAGGAGAUAGAUGAAGCCUUUCGUCGAGUUCCGGAUCCCACUCCAAGUGUUUCUACUACACAGCCAAUAACUGCAAAUGAAGAUGAGAGAGUGAAAUCUUCAUCAACUACUCAACCGCUGACUGCAUCGCAAAAUCUGCAGCCUGUAUCCGCUCUACAGAGUAAUACUGUGAGAAAAAUGGGAUAUUUCUCUCAUUUCCAUUGGACUCAUGCAGUAAUGGCUGUAGGCAUACUGGCUGCUUCAGGAGCUGGUACAGCUUUACUUUUCAAGCAUACUGUUAUACCCCGGUUAAAGUCUUGGAUUCGCAAAGUUGUAAUGGAAGAAGAAGAUGAAGAAGGCGUUGUGAAGGGAAGACCAAGUUUAGCUGAAGAAGCUGUUGUUGCUGCAAAAGCAGCUGCAGCAGCAGCUGCUGAUGUGGCCCGUGCAAGCCAGGCGAUGCUGGCAUCAAAAACUGAAGAAAAAAGGUACUUUGAGGAGCUAGCAAACCUGUUAAACCACCAAGUACGAGAGAUGAAAUCAAUGAGUAGUGCCUUACAAAAGCUGGAAGGGAAAAGCAGUACUUCUGGAAGAAUACCUGCCAUGGAACAAGAUGAUCGAAGAAUUCCGGUUUCCCAUUCUAGGCAAUCCUAUUCAAAUGGAGAACUGGAUGUUGAUGCACGUUCAGUGAGAUCUUUGUCACCGCCUGCAUCUGUGGAACCAUCUGUUGCACCCCAUCCAAAAUCUUAUAUCGACAUCAUGGCUAUGAUUCAAAGAGGAGAAAAGCCGUCGAACAUCCGAGAUAUCAAUGACCAACCACCGAAUCCUAACCAUCCUAUACCUGGUUCUCAUGUUGGUCCAAAGCCUAAGCCUUGGGAAAUUGGCCAGAGUCAAAAAAGUUCAAGGAAUUUCCUUCAAUCCCGAGGGAGUGGCAAUGGCUUGACUUAUGGGUAUCAAGACAAUCUGACGAAUGGAGAUAGUUCAACCCCUUGGUGGCAACGCAAGAAUGCCAGAAUAACAGAAAUUGAACCUGAGAAUGAAAAGAAGUUCGGAUCUACUGCUGCACCAACCGAGGUACGACCAGUUCAACGAUCCUGGGUUCCUCCCCAGCCACCUCCACUAGUAAAGCCAGAAGCAGUUGUUGCCAUCCGACAACCUAAAAAACCUUUGUUUCAGAAAGAAAAGCUGACAGAUGAUGAGUUGAUGGAUCGUUCCUCUGAAAUAUCGGAUGACUUGAAGAGGAUUACAAAAAUCUCCGAAUCGGGUGGUCUCACCGAAGCUAAUGACUCAAGUUCUGGGCGACAGUUGAGUGAGGCACCUCUUACAAUUGGAUCGGGUGGACUCACCGAAGCUAAUGGCUCAAGUUCUGGGCAACAGUUGAGUCAGGCACAAGCUAAUGGCUCAAGUUCUGGGCAACAGUUGAGUCAGGCACCUAUUACAAAUGGAUCGGGUGGUCUCACUGAAGCUAAUGGCUCAAGUUCUGGGCAACAGUUGAGUGAGGCACCUAUUACAAUUGGAUCGGGUGGACUCACCGAAGCUAAUGGCUCAAGUUCUGGGCAACAGUUGAGUGAGGCACCUAUUACAAAUGGAUCGGGUGGACUCACCGAAGCUAAUGGCUCAAGUUCUGGGCAACAGUUGAGUGAGGCACCUAUUACAAAUGGAUCGGGUGGUCUCACUGAAGCUAAUGGCUCAAGUUCUGGGCAACAGUUGAGUGAGGCACCUAUUACAAAUGGUGACAAUGUCUUGAGCAGUUAAAGAAUCUCUUAUUGUACCUAUCCUAAGGUUUGGUUAUUGGGUCUUGAGGUUUAUCACAAUCUUGUAAGUACAUGUCAUGGAUGAACUCAAGUUUCUAAUGCUUCCAUUGUACUUCUAGGUUGAAAUUAAGAAUUAUACGUCUUAAACUUGCUCUUAUGGGCAAAAGAGAACUGAAUGCCAAAAGCUGACUUGCAAUUACUACUCCACCCCCAAAAGAAAAGGAGGCUACUUAUUUUGAUUUUCAUUAAUUGUUUGAAAGCUUUAA